UACAGAUGACAACCUGUUUAACAUGUACGAAUGCUGCGGAGCCAGCCGGUUCGAUUCCGAUUUGUAAUAAUGGAACCAUACAGGGCGCACUUGCCAAGCACUUUUGGUUUAGCGAAGAUGAAUGGGCCGAGGCCGUCCUUUGUCAGCCAUGCUGGAGUAAAAUAGACGAUUUCCAUCAGUUCUACUGCGAAGUUGAAAGAACACAUUCCCACCAAAGUGAUCACCCGAUCAAUGUGCUGGAAAUCAAACAGGAACAGCAGUUCAUUCCCGAAUACGAAGCAUCAGAUAUUAAAUGUGAACGAGAAGACGUUGACGACGACGACGACGACGAUGAGGACGCAAGCGAAGAUGGCGAGGAAACAGAUGAGUACUGUCCUAACGAGAAGGAAGAUGUAAGUUCUGCGGAGGAGUCUGAUCCGGAUUUCAAAGAGGGCGAUACAGGUGAUUCAAAGGACAAACCCGUCCGCAAAAGGCGUAAGAGAUUGACCAAAGCUGAACAGGCCAAGGUUAAUGAGUUCGUCGCGAAGCACUUGAAGCUAGAUUGCAGUGCAUGUUCGAAGAAGCAUCCCACAUUUGAUAGUCUGCAAAAGCAUUCGAUGGCGAACCACGAAAAAAGGGCCACUAUCAUUUGCUGCGAACGGAAAUUCUGUCAGAAGUCACGGUUUUUCGAUCAUAUUCGGUAUCACUUGGACCCGGAUCAGUUCCAGUGUUCCAAAUGCCCGAAGCGGUGCCCCAACGGGGAAGCACUGAAAAACCACAUGUACGUCAAGCACGCGACGGAGGGGGAGAAGAUUUACCAGUGCGAUGGAUGUCCCAAGAAGUUUGCUCAGAAGAAGCUGGUGACUGCACAUCGAAGGAGGUGCCAUGCCGAAAGCAACUUCGAGAGUGAAAACGAUUCUGCGGCGGCAAAUGAUGACAAUGAUCCUGAGUUUGAUGCAGGGGACGAGGUUUCCGACGAAGAAGAGCUUCCGAAGGAAAAGGGGAAGACUCGAGUGAAACCGAACCCGGUUGGUCGCCCGGUCAAGAGUUGGCAGAAAACGAUCAAAGACGAGGAAUUCAUUGCACAGAACAUUAAUCUCGAAUGCGACACGUGCCUGCAGAAGCAUGACACAUUCCAGGAAUUGCAGAAGCAUUCAAUGGACGAACACGAAAAGCGAGCAUUUGUCCGCUGUUGCGAUCGAAAGUUCACCCGGAAGCCCCGAUUGAUCGAUCACAUCCAGUUCCAUCUGAACCCGAUGCAGUUCCGGUGCGAUAUUUGUUCGAAGCAGUUCAAGCACAGUGAAGCCUUGGGCAAUCACAAAGCUCAACGGCACGCCGAAGAGGAAAGCAAGACGUUCCGGUGCAGCAUGUGCCCGAAGACCUUUUCGCGGCAAAAGUUUCUUAAUAUUCACGAGAAGUACCACCGAAAGAUAAAUGAGAAAAAUUGGCACUGCCAGAAGUGUGAUAAGUAUUUUGCAUUCGAAUCGUUGCUGAGACAGCACGAUCGGUUGGUUCACACGAAGGAGUUCUCGUACGUGUGCCACAUUUGUGCACGAGGCUUCCAGGUACUGUCCUCGUACUCUUCCCACCUGGCGUCGCAUGACGAGGAAGCCAAGCGGGAUAGGCCACCGGAGGAACGGGUGCAGUGCAGCGAGUGCAAUAUUUGGGUCUACAAGCAAAACUUUCGGAAGCACAUGCUGCGCCACUCGGGAACGCAAACGUGCGACGUCUGCGGUCAGGAGUGCAAAAGCGUCAUGGCUUUGCGGUAUCACAAGGCUCAACACAAAAGGGAUGAUUGCUUCUGUUCCAUUUGCGGGAAGACAUUCAAGAAGCGGUUGACAUUGAAGGAGCACAUGGCAUCGCACACGGGCGAAGUGCUGUACAGUUGCGAUUUUUGCGACCGAACAUUCAACUCGCACGCCAAUCGGGCGUCCCAUCGGAAGCGGAUGCACCCGAAGGAAUGGCUCGAGGAUAAGCUACGCAAAAACCCCAACUUUGUUCAGGAGCAGAAGGAUCUGAACGUGCAGCUGCAGGAAAGUAUUACGCAACUUUAGGGUAUUUGACGGUAGAACUGCUAUA